AUUUAGAGUAAACAAAUACAAAUCGAUCAUCAAUGUUAAUUUUUUAAUAAUUUAAAUAAACAAAUAAUAAACGAACUUUCAUACAAUUUAUUUCAUUUUAUUUUCUACUUCAAAACUUGGCAAAUUGUCUUUUCAUGGCUAAGUCAUUUGUUUUUAAAGAAAUCAAACAAACAAAAUGAGUAAAUCUACAGCCGGUUUCGGUGUUACUUCGGAUAAGUUACGGCUCAUCGAUGAGAAUACCUAUAAUCAGUUUUGUCAAAGCAGUCAAGUUCCUACAAUUAAGAAAUAUAAAAGAUCCCAACAAAUACCGAAUCUCAGUCAAUUUAUAAAUAUAAGAUGUCACUACAAGCAGAAGAGAUUAUCAAAACAAAAACCAACUGCUUUGGCCAUUUACAAAGCUGAAAAGAAAUCAGUAAGGAAAUCGAAAGCAAAGAAAAAGUCCAAGCUGAAGAAAUGUAUUUUAAAGUAUAGAUUGCAUAAAAGAUCACACAUUGAAACUGAGAAUAGUUCCAGCAGAGAAUUUCUCUUACCUGCAGGAUCAGAAAUUGCAGAUAAACUAGAAAAUCUGACUUUACAAGAAGAAGCUCCAAGUACAAGUACAAAGAAGAAUGUCCACUCUAGAAGAUUUCGAGAAUAUUGUGAUAAUACCACAUCUGAAGAGCUCAACGGAGUAGUUGAAACACUCCUCAGAAAAUUAAAUCAUUUCCAAAAACGUGCUUUUAAAAUAAACAAUUUUAAGGGAAAAUCUCGACGAAGAAUCGUCAUAGGAUUCCGAGAAGUUCAAGUUCAAAUGAAAAUCGAGAAAAUCAAAUGUGUUAUUAUUGCAACGGAUUGUGAGAAGUGUGACUUUGAAGAGGGAAUAGACAAUAUAAUCUUGGAAAUAAAAGAAGAAUGCACAAAAUCUGAUAUACCAUGUGUCUUUGCGUUUCAAAGAAGGAAACUUAGUUAUGUACUGCAUCAAAAAUGUCCCACUAGUUGUGUUGGGAUAAUUGAUUAUGAUGGAGCUCAAGAUAGCUUUUACCAAUUAGUUGAGAGACUGGCAGUUGAAAAAUCUAAAUAUUCCAAUCUUUUUAAAUAAAACAAUUUUUCAAUUUUUUUAAUAAGGCAUUUUAAUUGUUAAGACAAGUACAUAAGUACAAAAAAAAAAGAAAAAUUAUAAUGCUUAAGUUUUCUAUGAAAUAAAAUAUCUACAGCACUUCUA